GCGGCUCGCCGUGCAGCAGGGGGCGGGCCGGGGGCAGGCUGCCAUGGGAGAGAGCAUGUCCAAGCGACUGAAGCUGCAGCUGGGGGGCGAGGCGGAGAUGGAGGAGCGGGCGUUCAGCAACCCCUACCCGGACUACCAGCUCCACGGAGCCGCCGCCGCCACCUCCUCGAGCCCAAGCGAGGCCGCGGAGACCCAGCGGGACCCGGCGCCCUCCCCAGUCGGGGAAGAGCCUGAGUCCCUCCCCUUCGGCCCGGACGGGAAGCAUAGCCUAUUGAGACUGAACUUGGCUGACAUUUCAAAAAUGAAACUAAUACGUCCAGGCAUAGCCCUUUUAUACCUACAACUAUACCGCGUCACAAAAGACCAGAAGUACUUGCAGCGAUCCCUGGAUUAUGUGAAGAGAAUACUUCGUAAUCUGAAUGGACGAAGGGUUACUUUUCUCUGUGGUGAUGCUGGACCCCUGGCAGUAGGGGCAGUAGUGUACCACAAACUAAAGAUUGACAGUGAGUCUAAGGAGUGCAUCACAAAGCUUUUGCAGCUCCAGAGAACGAUCAUAAGCACAGACUCUGAACUUCCAGAUGAGCUUCUUUAUGGCAGAGCAGGUUAUCUCUAUGCUUUGCUCUAUUUGAAUACAGAAAUUGGUCCAGACGCUGUACCUCAGUCUGUUAUCAAAGAGGUGGUAGAUGCCAUUAUUGAAUCAGGUAAAAACUUCUCAAAGGAGGAACGCAAGACUGAACGCUGCCCUCUGUUGUACCAAUGGCACAGGAAGCAGUACAUUGGAGCAGCCCAUGGCGUGGCUGGGAUCUAUUAUAUGCUAAUGCAGCCAGUUUCAAAUGUGGAUCAGGAGACCCUGACGGAGCUGGUGAAACCGAGCAUUGACUAUGUACGUCAUAAAAAAUUCAGAUCUGGGAACUACCCAUCAUCAUUAAGCAAUGAAACGGAUAGACUAGUCCACUGGUGCCAUGGUGCACCGGGAGUCAUCCACAUGCUAAUGCAAGCUUAUAAGAGCUUUAAAGAGGAUAAAUAUUUGAAGGAUGCCAUGGACUGCAGUGAUGUCAUCUGGCAGAGAGGUUUGCUGAGGAAAGGGUAUGGAAUCUGCCAUGGGACCGCUGGCAAUGGCUACUCCUUCUUAUCUCUCUAUCACCUAACUGAGGACAAAAAGUAUCUCUACCGGGCUUGCAAGUUUGCAGAGUGGUGUUUAGAGUAUGGUGCACAUGGAUGUCGUAUUCCUGACCGACCCUACUCUCUAUUUGAAGGCAUGGCGGGAGCUAUUCAUUUCCUAUCGGACAUAUUGGUACCAGAGACUUCCCAGUUUCCAGCAUUUGAACUUGGACCUCAAAGGAGAGAAAACAAAGUGGAACAGGACAGCUAAGAGAUCUGCUGCAAUGGAAACUUAAUGUCAAGAGUGACAAGACUGUCUAGUGCCUCUGAUACUGAACCAACUUUAAAGCCUAAACAAGUGACAAGGAAAUCCCUCUUCACACCUCUUUCUCCAAAGGACCACAAGUCAUUAAAGCAUGAAUCAGAAGCCAUGCCCAGGUUUUAUUUAAGUGAUGCCUUCGGUGGUGGGAAAAGAGAGAUUAAGUUUUGAACUCUUUUUUGCAGUUGUUCUCUUCAGGUUUUUCAAGUGUUUGCAUGUUUCUUCGUGUUGUCCAUAGUUGUGAGUCUUUCGUUGUAAGCCAAAAGCUGUUUUCUUGUGUGAAUCCCACUCUUGUCCCUUUUGUGCAUGAGUAACAGCAGCAGGAUCGCUAUUUCUGCAAUGUGACUGUGGAUAAGGUUCCACUUGACCUGACAAAUGAGAGAGUCCAGUGUAGUAUAGUGACCAGGUUAAUACAUAGUUAUCUCUUAAAUGAGCUGAUAAUUUUCAAACAAAACAUAAAGCUUUUCUGUGCUGUACUUCUCUGUUUCUUCAUAAGAAACCUUUUUCUCCCCAUCCUCUAGAACAGGGGUGGGCAAC